AUGGCCGCCAGAGGCAGCGCUCACCAGGACGGGACGCUCAAGACGUCUCUGCAGGCAGUUCACGCUUCAUCGGCGCCGGCUUCGUCUCAGUAUCGCGGCAAAGGGUCGCCGGACCCUCGACACAUGGCGAUUGCGCUUCACCAUGCCCGCCAGAUCCAGAGCCGCAAGGAGUUGGAGCUCCAGAUCCUCUCACAUAUCGAAACGCUCAUGGAACUGCCUACUACACCGGGUGCUACAGUCGAGUCCCCCUCUGCGGAGGAUGUGUCGACCUUCUUCUCUGCGAUAGCAUGCUUUCAGCCAUCGGACUACGAUAACCUGAUACAGGAACGGAAUAUUGACGGUAGCUGUGGCUAUACCUUGUGUCCCAAGCCACGGCGAAAAGAUAACUCUAAGGGAGGAUACAGGAUCGUUUGGGGAUCAAAGGGCAGCGGUCCCGGCGGCCGUGGUAAGGACAUGAAAGUCGUACAGAAAGAAAAGCUAGAGAUGUGGUGUUCUGAGGAGUGUGCAGAGCGAGCAAUGUAUAUCAAAGUGCAGCUCAGUGAGAAACCAGCUUCAGAACGGAUAGGAAGCGCGGGCAGGGACUUUAUGUUGCUGGAGGAGGCUAGACGAGGCGAAUCAUUGAGAUUAAACAUCGAACGGGUAGACAGAAGUGCUAUGAGAGCAGUGGAGGAGAAUCUGCAGGGACUCACGCUACAGAGCAAUGACACCAACCCAACCUAUGGCCAAGAUCAUCUAUCCCGUGGGUUGCAGGAUUUAUCGAUGCAAGAUACAGAAAGUUUGUCGGUAAAUCCUAGCAGUGGUGCUGUAGCCAGAGGUUUGCUAGCACCAACAGUUAUUGAACGGGAUAUCGAUGAUUCGAGAUACCCCAAAGCCCCAAUCUUCCAGCCGGACAGCGCAAAAGGGGGCUCGGUCGAGGGUUUCCAUCCCCGACAGGACACACAAUUCAGAAACUGGCCGUCCAGCAACAAGGACGGAGAUGGAGAUGAAGAUAUGGAUGACUUUUUACCUCAGAUAUAA